CAAUGAAUAAUAAAUCAUAUAAUCCAACAAUAAAAGUAAAAUCAGGCCACUCGAGGAGGAUUCGGAAGCAAAUAUCAAAAAUCGAUUAGACAGCUAUUAUGUGUAGGCAUCGUCGUUAUAAUGAUAAACGGACAAUGGAGUUAUAGAAAAUAUUAUUAUCAUCGCUAAGCACCGCGUGUGAUUUAGGAGAUGGUAGAGGGAAUCGUGGAUGCAGUGAAAGGUGGUCGGGUAGUCAGUGGUCAUAGUGCUUUUGAUUCUCGGACCAUCUGCAUGUAUGUGAACGCAUUGUGUUAAUAUACCUAUUAAUAGAAUUAUGAUGUUUUUUCAGGUAUUGUUGUUCUGUCUGAUCGCCUAUGGACACAGCAGACCGUCGGACACCGAUGAACACGACGAGAUCCUUAGAGAAGCGAAGAGGGACAACAAACACUUCCAACAUGAUAGCGUAAGCGAACUACCGCUACAGCAAACGGAAUCUUCGACAACGGAAAACAUGUUGGGCCGAUUGAAAUCGAUAGCGCACCUGCGAAUGGCUGAGACGAAAAAGCCGGCAUUGGACUCUAUGACCAGAGAAGAGCUGGAGGCGCUUAGGGACCUUUUAGACAAAAACCUUCAAAAGUAUCAGAAUUACAACGAGUACUCGACUAGGAAACGGCCAAGCGACCCGUAUAUAGGUCAGAUCCUCCAAAACCUGAACGGAGAACCACAAUCAAUCGGAGGCGGUAACAACAAUAACAACAUGCAGCAACACCACCACCACAACAAUAACAACAACGACGACGACGACAAACAACUAUCGGAGCACCUCCAGAUGCCCAUUAGGCGCAAGAUCAUCAGACACACGGUGUUCGCGACGCCAAUGCAGGGUGGCAACACGGGCGUUCCGAAUCGGAUGUACAACAGCGGUGACGCAUCGUCGAGGAUCGAUUGGGCGUCACCUUGGGCCGAUUACUUUCCGAUAUUAAUCAAAGAUCCGCUGCAGACGAUGAUGAACUCGUUUUCCGAGAUUAUCGAGUACGGCCCGGCCGCCGAUAUUUGCAGACACGGAACUGCCGACUACGCGGCCCCGACCAGCGAGGACGCCAACCGGUUGGACGGUGCGUUGGUAUCAUCCCGGACUACUAGGCGGAUGGUUGGUGGCGGUAUGGUGUCCGCCAUAAGACCGGAAACGCGGAGACGGUCGCGCCGGAACACGGCAGCCCAACGGUCGGAAGAGGAAAAGGGAGCACUGCUGAACCACGUGCGGCCGUUCAAGCAAACGACGACGACCGCGGCGCCGGAACCGUCAAAGCUGUUCGGCUGGACGCCGGACAAAGAGGCCACCGAGCACAACGGCGACACCGGCCCGCAGAUCAAGCGGCUUGUGGUGCGCCGCGGCGGCGUGGCGAUCGCUGGCCCCGGCGGCAUAGCCACCGCAGGAUCAGGGGGCACGGCGAUCGUGGGCCCCGGCGGCUCGGCGUACAGCAACAAGCACACCGCGUCCGGUUCCUCAGCGGACGCCCCCAUGCCGGCCGGCGGCAUCUCGAUGGCCGGAUACGGGCCGCAGAUGGUGCAGGCUCCGACCGGAUAUUACGCGCCGUAUCCGCCUCAGAACAAUGGUUUCGGCAGGAGCUUGGACGCCGGCGCCGGCGGAACGGCAUAUCUGUCCACGGACGGCGUCGCGUACACGUUUCCCACGGCGUCCCGGGGACUGACAGCGUCCCAACGUCGGCGAGGCGGGGGUGAAGGCCGCGAGAUCUCACUUCCGGACGGUGCCAAGCUGAUAGCCACUGGGCCGAUAGUGUACUACAACCCCGAGCCGUCCGUCCGGAAGAAGUCGCGCAAGAGCAAAAAGUCCGCGAUUUCCGGGCACGCCAACGCCGCAAAACUCGACGACCACCUGUUUUGACGACACCCCGCCGCCGUUCGUUUAUCCGUUUGUUCCUCUACAACAACAACAAGACUGUCGUGAUAUAUUGCACUUGAUGAUAACAAUAUGAUAUUACUAUAGCUCUACGAUUGUUGUGCCUUCAUUGACACUUUAUAUACAUAUUAUUAUUAUACAUACAUAAGUUUACCUAUCGUAUAUUUUAUAGAAAUAUUUUUUAGUCCUAACUCUCAUUUAAGUAGACCUCUAACAAUAAUUAUGAUCAUUACAUCACACUUUCCUAUACGAGUACAAUAUAUAUUGUAGUUGUAUACAAUAAUUAUAAACCUCGUGGUAGUUCCAUAACAUUAACGUGUAUAAUUUUCAUAAAUAUUAUAUAAAAAUGUGUAGUUCUCCCCUUCGUCACUUGUAUGCUUAUUUACUCUAUCAAACUUGUAAGGUGAAGGCUGUAUUGUCAUAUUAUGUAUUAUCAUACGAGUAAGAUAUUACGCGUGCCUAACGUUAUUCAUAAUAUAUUGUAAUAUUAUUAUACGAUAUUAUUAACAGUAUUUUUCAAAUUUCUUUUUAAAUGUUUACUAAUAAUUCAACUCUGAACACAGAGUUUACCAACUACUUAUUUAUUAUGGUUUGCUUGUUAAUACGUAAAAAUAAUUAAGUCUUAUUAGAUAUUACAUUAUUACAAGUAGGUAUAGGUGUCUAUAUGUAAUCUCAAACGCUAACUUAUUAUAUGGAAUUUUAUUGUAUAAGUACAACCUAAUUAGAAUAUAUUUUUAUUUUGAAACAUA